AGGAGGAGAAAGAGGGAGAGAGAGAGAAGCAGAAGGGCAAGACUGGCUCCUGCACAGACUGAGCGAGCUCUGCUGUCUAAGCAAGGAGUCCUGGCUCCGAGGCUCGCCCAAGCGAUCGGGCGCCUCGGAGGGUCAGCGGCGGAGGUUGGGCGAGCGGCAGCAGGAGAGGCAGAGGCGCAGACAAAGGCGCCGCCGCCGCCGCCGCCGCCGCCGCCGCUGCCGCCGGCGGCUCGCUAGCUCUCCUGCGGGAGCGAACCUGAGCAGCGAUCGGGGGCUCUCUGGCAGCCUGCUGAAUCUUCUCGGCUCUUGUCAAGCAACGGGAAUGGUGUUUUUCAUGUUGAAAUAUGUUCAGAGAAAAAAGCCCUAAUCAUUACCAAAUACAUUAUCUCUUAAAUUUAAUCUCCAGCAAGGAGAAGAGCUGUGAAACAGGCAACAGAGUUAGCCAGACUGCCUGCUCUAUACCAGAAACCCCACUAGUGAGCAGUGUUUGAACCUGCUCAACGGAUCAAAUAACAUUUGGGCUGAUUAACAAAAGACAUGCAAGUGGGAAGGUGUCAGAAGUCAGAGUGUGGAAAUUUACCCAGGGUUGCUACUCUGGGGAAGCUCAGUCUGAAAGAUGCUGCAGUUAGGAGAGUCUUGGAUCUAAUUGGAUAUGGAACUGGGAACCAGGCAGAUAACAGUAAGUAUGAAGACGUGAGAGAGGGAGCUGCCCAAAGUGCCCCCAUCUGAAGCUGAAUGUUACAGGACCUGCCCAGCAUUUGGUCUAUGACUUCUAGUGUGAACUACAGCCUGGGCUUUCUGCAGCAUUUUCCCCUGAAGCCAUUCUGCCAGCUUUGAAUUUGGACCCUUGGGUGGAAGCCCCAAGGACUGGAUGUGCCAGUCAAUUCCUUGAAUUUUGGGGGCAUGGGAAAAAGCCGCUGAGUAGAUGGUGACUGAGUUAUCACUAAGCUUUUGAAAACCUAAAGUGUCACCAAAACAGUUCCUGAAUUGCAGAGCAGAGGACCCUCUUCUGGACUCUUAAUUUGUAAUUUUCAAAGGAUUUGAAAGGAAACUCUUACUUCAAAGACCAGAGUUAAAGGGGUCCCAACUAAAUGAUGGUAAGCUUUAUGGAUGGAUGCUCAUCAUUAAAAAUACAUUGGUACUUUCCACCUAGAUGCUCUGUUUCAAAGGAUUUUGAACCACUUGGACACAAAGAGGGCUGAGAGUGAGGAAAAGUCUUCUCCUUGACCCUAUUUGAGACUACCUUCCCUGGCACAUAUAUCGCUAUUGAAUCUGGGUGUUGGAGGUCAGCAAGUCAGCAGGACAGAACCUCCCUCCAGGCGCUUGGCUUGCUGGGAUGAGCAGUGUUAGGAUAGAAGCUGACUUGUCUUGCUCCUUCCCUCCUCUCACACAAGUAGCCCCACAGUGCUGAGCUGAGGAUGGCUGAGAAGGGUGACUGCAUUGCCAACAUGUAUGGCUAUGACCUCGGCGGGCGCUUUGUUGACUUCCGACCCCUGGGAUUUGGCGUCAAUGGCUUAGUGCUUUCGGCCACCGACAGCCAAACCUGCCGGAAGGUGGCGGUGAAAAAGAUCGCCAUGAGCGAUGCUCAGAGCAUGAAACAUGCUUUACGGGAAAUUAAGAUCAUCCGCCGCCUGGACCACGACAACAUCGUGAAGGUGUACGAGGUCCUGGGACCCAAGGGGGCUGACCUUCAGGGGGAGCUUUUUAAGUUCAACAUGGCCUACAUUGUCCAGGAGUACAUGGAGACAGACUUAGCUCGCUUGCUGGAGCAGGGCACACUGACCGAGGAACAUGCCAAAUUGUUCAUGUACCAGCUGCUUCGCGGGCUCAAGUAUAUCCACUCCGCCAACGUGUUACACAGGGACCUGAAACCAGCCAACAUCUUCAUCAGCACCGAAGACCUCGUGCUGAAGAUCGGGGACUUCGGACUGGCAAGGAUUGUGGAUCAGCAUUAUUCGCACAAGGGUUAUCUUUCAGAAGGGCUGGUCACAAAAUGGUAUCGAUCUCCACGCUUGCUUCUCUCUCCCAACAACUACACCAAGGCCAUAGAUAUGUGGGCAGCUGGCUGCAUCUUGGCUGAAAUGCUCACAGGGAAGAUGCUGUUUGCUGGGAGUCACGAGUUGGAACAGAUGCAGCUUAUCCUGGAGACAAUUCCUGUAAUCCGGGAAGAAGAUAAAGAUGAACUGCUCAGAGUGAUGCCCUCCUUCAUCAAUAGCACCUGGGAAGUGAAAAAGCCACUGAGAAACCUGCUCCCAGAAGUCAAUAGUGAAGCUAUUGACUUUCUGGAGAAGAUCCUGACCUUCAACCCCAUGGACCGAUUAACAGCAGAGAUGGGCCUCCAGCACCCCUACAUGAGCCCUUACUCAUGCCCAGAGGAUGAGCCUACCUCCCAGCAGCCUUUCCGAAUUGAGGAUGAGAUUGAUGACAUCUUACUGAUGGCAGCCAACCAGAGCCAGCUCUCUACCUGGGACAGGUAUCAAGUUAGCCUGUCCUCUGAUCUGGAGUGGAGACAGGACAGGUACCUAGACACCAGUGAGGUACAGCGGGACCCCCGUGCUGGCUCAGAAUCCAUAGUGGAAGAGGUCCAGGUGGACCCACGAAAAUACUCCCAGAGUAGCUCUGAACGAUUUCUGGAGCAGUCUCACUCGUCCAUGGACCGGGUGUUUGACUCUGACUGUGGGCGGUCCUGUGACUACAAGGUGGGAUCACCGUCCUAUUUGGAUAAGUUACUGUGGAGGGACAACAAGCCCCAUCACUACUCAGAACCCAAGCUUAUCUUAGACUUGUCCCAUUGGAAGAAGACAGCCAUGGCACCAGCUACUGAGCUCCCUCUGGAAGAGGAGCCAUCCAACCUCUUCCUGGAGAUUGCGCAAUGGGUGAAGAGUACCCAGAGCGGCCUUGAGUGCCCCAGCCCACUCCCUGAGAUCCAGGAACGGAGCCUGCCCGCCUCACCCCAGCACCGCAAGGACCCCAAGGAGGGGAACAAUGGGGCCGACCCCCAGUUUGACUUGGAUGUUUUUAUUUCCAGGGCCCUGAAACUCUGCACCAAGCCAGAGGACCUGCCAGACAACAAACUCAGCGAGAUCAAUGGGGCGUGUAUCUCAGAGCACCCCAGUGACAUCGUGCAGACUGAACCCUAUCCAAAGGAGAGAUGGUGAAGCUGAGGGGCUUGCCAUUCAUGAACGUUGCUCUUCAGCUGGCAGGGCCACAGCCCCGUGGCAUUAAAGACCCAGGCCAAAGGGGGGAAAUGGGCCGCCCUGGUUCCUGGAGUGUCAGUCCUUUGCGACAGAGGGUGGGUAGCGUGCCCCAUACUUUUUAAUCAAAGACAAACAGCCUCCAGCCUCCUUUCUGAUGGCCUUAGGGUUCACAGAACCCUUAAGGGAAUCAGGAAACACAAAUGAAACAUUCAGUCUAUUAAACUGCCUUAAUGAUUGCGCCUUUUAACCUCUGGAAUCUGUUUUGAAUAUAAGUCUAGGGUAAUAAGCUUUUUGUACAGAACACUGGGAUAGUCAGUUUAUCAACAAAUUCUUGGGGGUGAAGGCUUUGGGAGAAGGAAGAUAGGAGGGGGGAAAGGGUUUUUAUAGCCAUGGGAAGAAGGAAGCUUCCCAAAGAGGAGCAGCCCCUGCCUGGUUCAUAAAGAAUACAAUCCACAAACUCAGAAUAUCGAGCCCAAAGGAACAUUUGGGAAAAAAUCUAGUCCAAUGCCCACUUUUGACAGAUAAGGUAAUUGAGGUCCAGAAAUAAAAGGUCAUUUCCCAAGGGUCAUAGAGUGAGUUAGUUAGUGGCAGAGCAGUAGUAGAAAUCAGUCUUCCUGACUCCCAGACUUACUCUUCAUGCCAUCUCCUUUGCCAAGGAAAUGCUUUCUCUUCAAAAAUAAGGGAAACUAAAGUCCAAGGGAUUUCUUCCUCCAUCAAUUAGAAAUUGGAGGUCUUUCCUUAAUAAGUAAGAACAGUCAUAUUCUACAGUUCUUCUAAAAUACAAUUGUUUUCAUUUAUCAUCUUGAGCGAAAUACUGGAGCCUCCUGGGCUUUAGACCUAGACAACCUGGAGGUCAUUGGGUUAAAAAAAUAUAUAAAAAUCUGACCUCCGUUUCCUCUCAAUGACAAGAGGCUCAUUUAAUGGUGAGAUAGUCCACAAGUCAGGGAACCAGGCAAAAGCUAGCAAGUCAGGGAAGCAGGCAGAAACCACUGAGUUAUAUCUGAGUGGUUAUUGAACCUAAAGUACAGUCAUUGAAGGAUGUUCCUAAGGCCAGAUUCUGCAAUCUUUACCCACAUAUACUCAUACACACACACACACACACACACACACACACACACACACACACAGCCCUAUGCAUAAGCAGAAAAGGCAGGCGACUAUGGGGUGUGACAUGAGCAAUAAGAUGUGUCAAAAGCCUCUUGCCUCACUGCUAAGUGUCCCUCUCUCUCUCUGGCCCAUAGUGGGCCUGAUACUCCUGCAAUAGUUAUUCCUUUGGUCUAAAGACCUCCUUUUAAAAUGCAAACUUGUUACCAAGAAAGGUGACAUGUAAGCCAUUAAAAUCCAUUAACACCUAAGCCUGAAUUAGUGCACGGGACUAGCCGAGCACAGGACAAGACCCUGAAGGGAAAAGGAUGCAGGAUGAGUACCUCUUCUAAUAGCUGGUCAGGAGAGGCAGGAAGACUGGGGGCACUGCCCAGGAGGGACAACACCAUUGGGAUCCUGCGCAUCCAGUGCACACUGGUAUAGAGGUGCCCAAAGAGACGACUGUCAUCCUUUACAAUUAUGUUUGGGUAUCUGAGUACCAGAUACCUCCUACCUAUGUGUGUGUGUGAGAGAGAGCACACACACAUACCCACACACCCUAAUGGUGUGUGGCUUUGUGUAAGAUCUCGUGAGCCUGUAGAGGUACAGGUCCUUACCUGGCCCUCAACCUGCCCGCAUCCAUAGACUAUAGUAGUAGUCCUUUGUCCAUUCAGCUGGCAGUGGCAAUCCAACCUCUUCCCCUGUAAAAGCUUUCAGGGGAAAGCUAGAAAAUAUAUAAACAGAUGAUUAAACCCUAGGAUUUGAAAGUAGCCUUGGGGUUCACUUAUACCUCUGAGCACCUUAAAUAUUAACCUGCUAAUGAUCAUUUGUACAUGGAAACAAUACAGUACAAUAUAGGCUUAUAUUUUAAAAAAUGGAUUUAUUCAAGCUGACCAAAAGUUUUUUAAUGGAGAAUGUGUAAAUAGAAACUGUUCAAGAAAAGAAUCUCUGUCCAUCCCCACUAUGCCAUCUUGUCCUGUGGGAAGGAGAAAGGAAUAGGAGGAAAUCACUUUUUUUGGGUAAAGGAAAAAACUGCUGCUCUUGACCCUGUGGUUCAUAUAUCACUGUUGUACCAGAAUAAUUGUUAUGACUACCCAUGUAAAAAAAAUCUAUUAAAUGUUAUUAAAUAUGACAAA